AUGGCGAAUAAUUUUACGAUGAAAACCGUAGCAGAAGUUAUUGAUUGUGAAUAUAAUAAAACUAUUGAUUAUGCUGAUAAUUAUGCGACCGGUAAUGCUGUGAGUUAUGAAGAUCCUACCGAAGACUACGGCACGACUUUUUAUUAUAAGACAGAUCAUAGCAAUGAAGCAAUAGUACAAAAUAUCUUUGACCCUGAAGGCGAUUAUAUAUUCUUGGCGUCAAAUGAUAAUGAGACUGACGAUUCGGACGGCUAUGAGGAUUUUAGUAAAUAUGUUGUGUCCAUAAGAUUGAAUCAAACAUAUCACUGCGUUGGUUGCAUAAUACGUGCGGAUUUAGUAUUAACCGCCGCUCAUUGUUUUCAUUCUAAGAGUGGUGAUAUGUCGCAAAAGCUUAUUGGGGUUGAUGUUGUGGCCGGGCAAAGGCGACGUUUAUGGGUAACGAGCUCAACGCAAACACGAAAAGCAAAACGUGCUAUUUUAAACGAUUGUUGGAAUGGUCUGUAUAGCUAUUGCGAUAUCGCUUUAGUUGAACUUGACAAAGAAUUCACUCUAUAUGAUGAUUUAGUCUGGCCGUUAAAUUUACCAAAAAAGCAAGCACUUCCACAUACUUCAUGUUCAACGUGUGGCUGGGGCAGUUUUUAUAUUAAUGGACCUCAAGUUGAUGAAAUUUUAUGCACCGAUUAUUUGAUCACACCAUGUGGAGAAGAUCCUGGCGUAAUUUGUGCAAGUCCCCUAAAUACUAUGAAAAAUUGGACAGGAUUAUGCGAUUCCGGUGCUCCUCUAAUAUGCAAUGGUAUAUAA